AUGGUAAAGAAAUGUUGCGCAUAUGUCAAGAGCACCUUCACUCAGCAACAAUCGCCCCAUCAACAGACUAUGCUGCAACAGCAGUCGCCAAGACAUCACAAUUAUCACAUCAUCCAACAACGCCCCAACACCAAUGUAUCAACCAUAUCAACAGAAGUACAACCACCAGUUGCUAGGCGAUCCACAGCGAUUCAGUCACAGUCGCAACCUCAGUCGCAGACACAGCCGCAGCAACAGCCAUUAUCACAACAGCAUCAACAACAACAACGGCAGCAGUCAACGCAGCGUGAAUCACAGCUGCCGAUAACGCAGCCGUCUAUGUAUCCAGCGCACAUUUCGUCACCCAUUGCGUCCAGCCACUCGGUGACAGCGCAACAACAACAACUUCAACAUCAAUCGCUGCAAAUCUAG